AAUCGCAAGGACUUGGAGCUCUCUGUUCGAUCUUACCAUAAAACCUUAGAUUUGAUUGAUUAAUUACUUAAUCAACUAAUCAAGACCACGAGGAAUAUUUAUCAUAAUGGCGCCACCACCCACCGGGUCGCCGUCUCCGUCGAAGACGGCGGUGCUCGUACUCCUCUUGAGGCUUCUGACGGCGGCUUUCCUCGUUGUGUCGGUCAUCGUUCUCGGCACCAACUCCGGCACCUUCGAAAUCUCAGGACUCGCCGCCAAAGUCCGUUUCAAAGACGUUUAUGCCUAUAGGUACAUGCUCUCGGCUGGUGUGAUCGGACUGGUUUACUCAGUUAUUCAGCUUUUCUUCUCCAUCUCCCAAUUCGCCACCGGAAAAAUCAACCCCAUCAAUUUUCAGCUCGAUUUUUACGGCGACAAGAUCAUGUCGUAUUUUCUGGCAACGGGUUCCGCAGCGGGAUUCGGAGUGACGAAAGACCUGAAAGCCGCACUCUUGGCAUUCGUCACAUUCGAUUCAACCGAUCCCGUGGACAAAUUCUUCGGCAAAGCGUACGCCUCGGCCAGUCUUCUGCUCCUCGCAUUCGUCUGCCUAGCCGUUCUCUCCGUCUUCUCGUCUUUCGCUCUUAUUGAUAUCAUUAUUACAAACCAUGAAAGACUACCACUGAUAUAA